GGCUAGAGAUGAGUGAGCCACACCCCAGCCGGUGGGGCAGCACAGGGGUUGCCAUGUCCCAGGCCUGCCCAGCGCCUGGCGGCCUGCUCACCUGCAGUGACACAGGAAACACCAGUCUGCCAGCUUUGCUCAGAGCCACUCGCUGCUGCGUGGCCCAGCCUGUGGGAGGCACAGUGACCGCGCUGCACCCGGGGGAGGCCUGCGUCCUGACACCCUCUGCUGGCCUCCACUGACUCACACCUCUUGGCUAAAGAGCACCAGGCCGGCCGCGGCCUCGCUGGAAUUAGAGUUGGCUCCACCUGGCUCUCUGGGACGUGGGCGUGGCGCUGAGACUGGGUGCGCUCUGUCUCAGCUCUGUGUCAGGAGUCCCGUCCCUUCCCCAGGACUUGCGUCUGGCUAAAGGAGAGGGAGAAGCCGCGUCCUGGAAUCUCGUCUCUUGACUACUGUUGGUGACUUCCGACCGCCUGACCCGAAGUCUGAACUCACCUAGGAGACAAGUCUGGAAAGGAAACUCUCUGAUUGAAGAUGGGUAGAUGAAGACCCCCGACGCGGCUGCCCCGGCUCUGCUCCCUGGACAGGACACAGCGUGGGGCUGAGCAGCUGUGCAGUGUGGGACAAUGACGUCGGCCGGCAGUGGGGGCCCCUUGGAGAGCGUCUUUGAGCUGGACUAUGCCUCCUGGAAGAUCCGCUCGACGCUGGUGGUCGCGGGCUUUGUCUUCUACCUGGGCGUCUUCGUGGUCUGCCACCAGCUGUCCUCUUCCCUGAACGCCACCUACCGGUCUCUGGUGGCCAGAGAGAAGGUCUUCUGGGACCUGGCAGCCACACGUGCCGUCUUUGGUGUCCAGAGCACGGCCGCGGGCCUGUGGGCUCUGCUGGGGGACCCAGUGCUGCAGGCGGACAAAGCGCUCGGCCAGCAGGACUGGUGCUGGUUUCACAUCACAACCGCCACCGGCUUCUUCUUCUUUGAAAACGUCGCCGUUCACCUGUCCAACCUGUUCUUCCGGACCUUCGACGUGUUCCUGGUUGUCCACCAUCUCUUUGCCUUCCUGGGGUUUCUCGGCUUGGUGACCAACCUCGGAGCUGGCCACUACCUGGCCAUGACCACGCUGCUCCUGGAGAUGAGCACCCCCUUCACCUGCACUUCCUGGAUGCUCUUAAAGGCCGGCUGGUCGGACUCCCUGUUCUGGAAGCUCAAUCAGUGGCUGAUGAUCCACAUGUUCCACUGCCGCAUGGUGCUCACCUACCACAUGUGGUGGGUGUGCUUCUGGCACUGGGACGGCCUCGUCGGCAGCCUGUACCUGCCCCACUUCGCACUCUUCCUCGUGGGGCUGGCCCUGCUCACGCUCGUCCUGAACCCGUACUGGACCCACAAGAAGACGCAGCAGCUCCUCAACCCGGUGGACUGGAACUUCGCGCAGCCGGCAGCCAAGAGCAGCCGGCCAGAAAGGACCAACGGCCAGGUGCUGCAGAAGAAGAGGCCGUAGCUGCCCGCGCCGGGCGGCGGGACCCCCGCGGACGAGGGCGGCGGGCUCUGGGAGCUCUGCCCGCGAGGACCCCCAGCCUAUGGAGCCGUGCACACCGUCUGGUUCUACGUGGACACUAACUUGCUGUGUGUAGCAUUAACACGGAGGUCGCCGCAGUGUCUUCAGGAGCUCGAUCCUGACCGUCGGCUGGCGUCCGAGCUUGGCCCGCGUUGGACGCAUUGGGCACCAAGGAGGGCGGAGGGCUGCGCGAGGGACGUGGUGCUGUGGUGGCUGCUGGGGAGCCGUGUCUGAUCCUCACGUGGCGAGUGCCAUGGAGCACUUGGUCUCAUGUGCACGUCUUGUGCUUUGAGACGCCAUCCGUGUCUCAGUUGGAAAGAAUUAACCCAAGGAAGUAAUAGGCUUGUUACCCUUAGCAAAAUUCCCCAGUGUCCCGAAGCUGAAAACCAUUUGUAGAACAGUGCCAUCUGGUGGCAAAUGGUAUGAAGACAUCUUGGGGUAACUGCCUUCCUGAGGGAGCCUUGAGACCCCACUUCCCUGCCCUGACGUGGGGUGGGGGGCGUCCUGAGAGCAGAGCCCCCCACUUCCCUGCCCUGACGUGGGGUGGGGGUCCUGUGAGCAGAGCCCCCCACUUCCCUGCCCUGGCGUGGGGGUGGAGUUGGGGUCCUGUGAGCAGAGCCUCCCACUUCCCUGCCCUGAUGUGGGGGUGGGGUGGGGGUCCUGUGUUAGCACAGCCCCCCACUUCCCCUGCCCUGAUGGGUGGGGUGGGGGUCCUGAGAGCAGAGCCCCCCACAUCCCCUGCCCUGAUGUGGGGUGGGGGUCCUGAGAGCAGAGCCCCCCACUUCCCUGCCCUGACGUGGGGUGGGGUGGGGGGUCCUAUGGACACCCCCUUGCCCUGGUUGAAGUGAAGUCUUGUAAGUUUUUUUCUAAUUAAGGACCUGUUCUGAAAUAUGAAUUAUUUAUUUGUGCCAUGCUGUCCAGUCGGCAGCAAGGCCGGUGGCCAGUGGCCAGGUGCGUAGCUCUGGGAGCCGCGUUGACCCGCCCACCCCCAGCUCUGUUCCUCUUCCUCUGUGGGUCUCCAGGCAGCAUCGUGGCGACUUUCCCUACGAGCUUGCAGCCUCCCUGGCCACCCAGAGAGGCCACAGCCACCCCGUGGUCCCCUGCCUGGGACGGUGAGGCCCAGGAGGAGUUUGUAUAGCAGCCUAGUGCUUUAGCCAUGGCACACGGGAGUCCGUGUGCCGUGCGUGUGCGAUGGGAACGCACCUGUGAGGUGUCUGCAGAGCGCCACGCGUGGCCGUGCUCGUGCACCGUGGGCCCUCGCAGGAGGCGGUCUGACUGCUGGACUCUGGACUGCUGAUGACGUUUGGGUCAAGACUGACGUUACCUGCGGAUCUCAUUUUACACCUGCUGGGACUGUGAACCCCACCCCUGGCUCCGGAGGGCUCUCGUGCAGUGUCGCCCUGCGGGCGGGGUCCGCGAGAGCCGUGUCUUCCCCGUGCAGUGUCACUCUCUGCGUGGGGUCAGCGAGAGCCGUGUCUUCCCCGUGCAGUGUCCGCGAGAGCUGUGUCUUCCCCGUACAGUGUCCGCGUGAGGUCAGCGAGAGCCGUGUCUUCCCCGUGCAGUGUCACUCUCCGCGCGGGGUCCGCGAGAGCCGUGUCUUCCCCGUGCAGUGUCACUCUGCGUGGGGUCAGCGAGAGCCGUGUCUUCCCCGUGCAGUGUCCGCGAGAGCCGUGUCUUCCCCGUGCAGUGUCACUCUCCGCGCGGGGUCAGCGAGAGCCGUGUCUUCCCCGUGCAGUGUCCGCGUGGGGUCAGCGAGAGCCGUGUCUUCCCCGUGCAGUGUCACUCUCCGCGCGGGGUCAGCGAGAGCCGUGUCUUCCCCGUGCAGUGUCCGCGCGGGGUCAGCGAGAGCCGUGUCUUCCCCGUGCAGUGUCUGCGUGGGGUCAGCAAGAGCCAUGUCUUCCCCGUGCAGUGUCGCCCUCCGCGCGGGGUCAGUGAGAGCCGUGUCUGCUCGGCCAGCUGAAGUUUAAUAAAGUACCUGCUGCGUGCA